GGAGACAAUCACUCGACUUGCCAGAGUGCUAAAGCAAUGUACGAAAAUGUUAUUGGAGAUCUUGUAUACUGAUGUCAGUCCAAUAUUACUGGAAUAUUUUAUUUUUUUGCAAUAAGAGACUUUGAUGAACAGCAGCUGACUUGAUUGAGAGCCUUAACAUCAACAUGGACUUCAAUCUGUCAUUUCAUCCACCUUAUGGUACAGGGGAUGAAAAUGAUAAUGCCACUUUAUCAAACAUUUCAGACAAUGACGUCAUUGCAAUUCCAACUAAUACAGAAGCGCUGGUAAUUACAAGAUUUGUUGUUCAAAGGGUAUUAGUACCGAUCAUUACUUCAGUCGGGCUUUUUGGAAACAUUGUAAGCAUUCGUGUGCUGACUCAUCGGUCAAUGUUGUCAUCUACAAACUGCUAUUUAACAGCUUUGUCUAUAUUUGAUUUAUUAUAUCUUGUGCUAAGCUUUACAUUAAGUCUAAAACAUUACGAGUCUGUGAAAGUUCAGGAUAUCUACAGCUACUGGUUCUACUAUGGUAAAACCCUUACCGAUAUUUGUAGCAAUAUCUCCGUCUGCCUGACGGUGACGUUUUCUCUAGAACGGCUUGUUGCUGUUUGCUAUCCGAUGAAAGGGCGUGCUUUAUGUACUCCGCAACGGGCGCGCAUGAUUACGGCUAUAGUUGUCUUCUUCACAGUUGCAUGCACAACUCCAGAAUUCUUUGAAAUGAGAUUGGUAGAGGUCAUUGAAAACAAUGAAACAAAGUACACGUUUGAAGACACGGAAAUGUAUUUAAGCGAAGCAUACCAAGUGGGAUAUUAUAACUUUCUAGUGUUUACUUUCACUGUUUUACCCCUGGUGCUACUGUCUACAUUCAACGGUUUACUGGUGAAAGCAGUUAUAUCCGCUACUAGAAUUCGUAAGCAAAUGACAUACACAUCAAUGAAACAAGAUAGAAACAGACGACAGAAAGAACAGAACAGAAUUACUAUAAUGCUCAUCGGUGUAGUAGUCGUAUUUUUGAUAUGCCAGUUCCCGAAUGCUGCCUUAUUGAUAUAUGGUAUAUAUCAAAAUAACUCUUCAACGAAACUUACUCCUUCCGGUAAAAACUAUAUCCUGAUUGCUGGAAAUAUUGUCAAUGUUCUCGUUCUUAUAAACUCGUCUAUAAACUUCAUCUUGUACUCUGUGAUGAGUACAAAGUUUAGACGCGUGUGCCUUUUUAUUCUUUGUAACUGUGGUAAAAGAAAUAAAGAUACAGUCACAAAGACGGAAUCCAGUCUGUACAACGGUAAUAUACCACUUCACUUCCGGUCCCGUCGCUGUAAUUUUCGAGAACAAAAGAACGGAAGGGCACACUUACAAGAACGAUCAAGACGCUCCAUCCCUCUUCUGAACGAUACGAGAAAUGGACAGGUUGCUAUCAACUUUGAUAGGCGAGAUGGGCGUUUGGAAUUAAAUGUAACACCAUGCGAAUUUCCAAAUGUUGAAGAAAAUGAUUUUACUCCGAUUUGUGUUCGUAGACAUUUUAAAUGCCGCCAAAACUGUUUACAAAUUGGACAAGGUUGUGUUCGACCAAGUUGUCAGAAACAAGUUAAAACGUGGGAAAGCAAUGGUGAAAUAUCUGCGGAGAAUGACAGAACCUCGGAUUUAUAUGAAAUAAAGUUACUUUUGCGAAAUGAUACGUCCAUACUGAAAAGUGAAAGACAGCUCGAUACAGUCCUGUGACAUUAGAUAAGUACGUCAGUGAUAUCAUAAAUGUCUAUGGUUGUAUUUUCACUCAUGUCAGUGUUAUUAAUAAACAUGAUGAAAACUGUUCUCAAGUUUACAGUUUACGCGUUAAAAUAAGUCCAGGAUAAGAUUUCGAUGAAAAAUGUUACUCGGAAAUAGCUUGACACUGAACUCUAUUUUUAUUUAAAUGCAGAACUAUUUUGUGUACCACUGGUCGUAUUAAAGUAAGCGUACUUAAAUAAGAGGUCGUGUUAUUUUGAAUUAGCGCUAGCAAGUUAUACUGUUGCAAGAAAUCACAUUUCCUCGCAUGCAUUCUCAACCUCACUAUUUAAAGUGUGUCUUCGUCUUCUUUAAAUUUCAUGCAAUUAAUAUUACUAACUUAAAGUGUGUUUUAUAUUUUGAAGGUAUA